AUGCCUUCCGCAGAGCAAGAGCAGUACCGCCGCCGCUUCAACGAAGCAAGAUCCUUCAACGAAAACGACGACGACGAAUUCUUUCCCGGCCCUCCUUCGACAGCACCACCACCACCACCAUCAUCAUCACCCGCUGCUCAGCAGCAGCAGCAACCGCAACAACAGGCGCUGAACCCAGCAGCACGGCCCUUCGUUCCUCCAGCCAGGCUCAAUCAGCUCAGCAUGCCCGGCCUUCGCGGCCCAGUGGACGAGUUCCGGCUCCGCACCAACAUGGCGGUCUUGGGCUUGCCAACGCCCAGCCGCAUCUCGAUCUGGCGAGAGGGGAAUGGGACGUGGACUGUUGUGGCGUUAUAUAGUCGGCAAGAGCACGCGCAGCUCGCCACUGCGUCGAUGCAGUCAGGGUGGCUGCUCGGCUGGAUGCAUCUGUGGGAGCACUGGGGGUUGGCGUGA